AUGGGUGUUAACAUGGGUCUUGGACCAACUUCAUCCAUCACUUCACCACUUUCCACAAUGCGAAGGUUACGAGAAGACGAGAGAUUGAGAGCAAUUGGGAUGAUCCAGGCCGGAAGAACGCAGGCCUACACAGCAGCACAACUGCACGUCUCACAGUCAGUAGUCAGCCGGUUGUGGGCACGUUACAUUGCCACUGGAAGGGUUCAAGACAGGCCCCGAAGUGGUCGUCCAAAAUGCACGACCAGACGUGAUGACCGACGGAUCAUCACUGGAGCCCUCCGUGAUCGACGUUUAAAUGCGACACAGCUCCAGCAGGUUCACAGAUAUCCCACUUGGAAUCCCAUCUCCACACAGACGGUACGAAGCCGGCUCCAUGCUGCAGAACUUCGAGCAAGGCGACCUUACAUCACAUUACCCCAAACAAACCGUCACAGACAAGCCCGUCGAGAGUUGGGUCGUCGUCACCAGAGGUUGAGCAAUGCACGGGGGUCCCAUGUGAUGUUCAGUGAUGAGUCGAGGUUCUCUUUAUACUUCAAUGAUGGCCGUCAUCGUGUCUGGCGUCGUCCUGGUGAGCGUCAUCAGCCAGCUGCAAUGAUUUCACAUGAUCGGUAG